UUUGCUAUGUUCAAAUUUUAUAUCCUUCACGCUGUAGCGAUCCUCAGUGUGAUCUCUGCAGCUUGUGCAAGAGAACUUCCUGAUUCACCGUGUCCAGAUAUUUUUCGAUAUCGCUACAAUGGGACAAGUCGUCAGUGGUACGGGUGGGGUCAUGUCCAAAAUGCCACAAAAGCAACAAAUGAUUUGUAUGUGAAACUCUUCAUUAAACAACGACAGCCACUAUUAGAAAAUGAAGGAAGGAUUGAGAUUAUAAAGACCGGAGGUUCCCUUGAAUUUACCGUACAUUUUCCCAUCCAACGUCCACUGCCUGACAUUCACAAAAUUAUCCUCAAUGACGAAGAAGUUUGCAAAUCCUUAUCAGAAAUCGAUCCUCAGUGGAGGAAAAUUAGGCUGAGAGCUGUCUUCAAUACUCAAACAACAACCACAGAUCCCGGUGGAUUGGAAUCAUCUCAAGGCAGCAGGGAACACGUUGAAUGUGGAACACUUCACCCCCUUUCCAGUGCCACAGCCCUCGUGGCAGGAGGUGAGAUCAUUAAUCGAGGAACAUGGCCAUGGUUGGUGGCUGUUUUCGGCUACACAGGUCCAUCACUUUCCUUUCGCUGUGGCGCCACUCUUAUCUCAACUAGGCUCAUUGUCACGGCUGCUCAUUGCUUCUAUCGACGCCGCGGUAGCAGGCUCAAAGCCAUCGACAUUGUCCUCAUUCUUGGCAAAUACAAUCUCCGGAAGAUUGACGAAGAAGGAGACAAGAUUGUCUAUCCGGAAAGUCUAAACAUCCAUCCUGAUUACAAUUUCCACAAUCCGGAUGCAGACAUAGCUGUUCUUGUAACUCCCGAUCCCGUGGAAUUUACUCAAUUUAUUCGACCAAUUUGUCUCUGGAAUUCCUCUGAUACUUCUGAGAUCGUCAAUCGGGUUGGUAUUGCUGCUGGUUGGGGAAUGGAUGAGUAUGGGAAUACCUUCUCUGAUCUUCCGAGGCAUGUAAAAAUCCCCGUUGUGGCGAAUUCAGUGUGCCGAAAUGCAAGUCUACAGUAUCAGCUUCUUCUAAGUGAACGAACACUCUGUGUUGGAUGGAGGAAUGGUACAUCUGGAGUUUGUCAAGGAGAUUCCGGCGGUGGGUACGCUCUAGAGAUUUCCAAUCAAUGGACUCUCAGGGGUUUGGUUUCCACAUCUCCAGGAGUUUCGCAGGGAAGUUGCAAUCUCAAUGAAUACGUUGUCUUUACGGAUGUCUCGAAAUUUAUUGACUGGAUAAAUUCUCAUGAACCAACAACAACUAAUUGAAUACCUCAAUAUGUGAUCACACUGAACGAUCAAUACCUAUAAUAUUUCUCAUGCGUAAUUAAUGCAAACGCAUGGACGCAAUGAUUGUAGAGAGCAAUAAAAAUGUUAAACAACA